AUGAGUGCUCUUUUAAAUAUUAUUUGUGCUGCGGAAGCAUCCGGUGAACUAGAUGAACCUACUUCGCCAAGACAAUUUUGGGUACAUCCACUCAAUCAAAAAAGAGAGAAGGAUUAUUUGUUCGAAAACUUUUACACUUCAAUUCGAAAAUUCCCUCAAAAGUUUUUUGAGUAUUAUCGAAUGUCACUAACUUCUUUCGAUGAGUUAUUGGAAAUAAUUCGUCCUAGUUUAACAAAGCAGCAUACUAAUAUGAGGAAUCCAAUAUGUGUUGAGCAAAGACUUACAAUUACUAUAAGGUAUUUGUCGACCGGGACUUGUUUCAAAGCUCUACAAUUUGAUUUUCACGUUGGUAAAAGUACUAUUGCGGAAAUAGUUAGGGAGACCUGUGUUAUUAUUUGGGAAAUUCUACAGCCUACAGAAAUGCCAAAACCUACAAGUGAACAAUGGCUUGGAAUAGCUGAUAGAUUUUAUCAAAGUACAAAUUUUCCAAAUUGCUUGGGUGCCAUAGAUGGCAAACACUUAAGAUGUAGGAAUCCCAUAAACUCCGGUUCAUAUUAUUUUAACUAUAAAAAAUUUUUUUCUAUUAUAUUGAUGGCCGUAGUUGAUGCUAAUCUCAGAUUUAUUUGUAUUGAUGUUGGAGCUUACGGGAGGGAAUCAGAUUCUACUGUGUUUAGACAAUGCACAUUUGGUAAAAAACUGUAUGCUCAAGAACUAAAUAUACCAAAACCAACAUGCUUACCUAAUACAGAAAGUCCUCCAUUACCGUAUGUGUUUUUGGCUGAUGAGGCUUUUGGUUUGCAUACAAAUUUGCUUUCAAGAGCACGAAGAACGGUCGAGUGUGCAUUUGGAGUAUUAUCCAACAAAUGGAGAGUAUUACAUACUCCUUUAUUAGUGGAACCAGAUUUUGCCGACGAAAUAAUAAAAGCUUGUUGCAUUUUACACAACUAUGGUCGUCGAAGGGACGGAGCUACUUAUGAAGAUAUGGAGUCAAAUUUGUUGGUCGAUGACUUAGAAAUUCGAGGAGUUCCAGCAAGAGCACAAGGGAUAGAAGUGAACGAUGAGGAAUCGGAAAUUGAAAUUGGACGUGAAAUUACUCCAAAACGCAGCAUGAGACAAACAAAAGCAUUUCCAAAAAAGAAGAACAAAACAAAAACUGCAUCAUCUGUUUUGAUGGAAUAUUUAAUAGUUAACGAAAAUAAUGAGUCAAAGGAAACCACUCAUGUACCUACAUCCAAUAGACUCAUUUUUCCAUGGUCUGGCUGCUACAGUAAAAACAUUCUCACCAGAAUAUCAAUUCAUGGCAAAAAACUUGGGCUCUAUUCAUCCACAACGUCAAUGACGGGAUCACAAAAUAGUCUUCCAUAUUACGGCAAUAGACUGAGGAUACCACUAGACAAUUCAUCAUCACUAUACGUUCAGACAUCAACUACAUCUCCUAUUUCUUAA